ACUAAGGCUUUCUCUACCACAUAUUGAUGUUUGUUAUUAAAUGCAUUUCUAAUGGCAGUUUAUUGAAUCUAGACAAUAGACUUAUCAGGUACUCAAAAUCUGACUGUACUGAGAGUGGUGUGAUGUAAUUUUACCACUGAACCCCACGGACCUUUACUUAUGGUUGUAACAGUCACAGGAGAUGUUUCUGUGCUCUCUCCUGAUACAGAUCAAUACAGAGGAGGAGAGUAUAUAUAAGUGACAGUGGGCUGAUCACAGUCAGCUACACACCGAACACUGGGAAACAGUCACAGAAAACAGUCACCCUCAUCAACCAGGAUCUUAUAUUACAGGAAUGGAUCCAUAAAGCACAAGGACUGUAAAACAUUCCCAUCAGUUGCUGGAGUAAUUUGGAUUUUAACAAGAAGUCUGCUUGAUGUCUAAUGCAUAGCCUGGAACAGACAACAUGGGUGAAAGCAAUAAGACUGUGGACCUUAAUGUUACUUCAUCCUACAGUGAAAUUCUGGAGCAGCCAACCGCCAUUCUCUCUGUCAGUGUUUUGAGUCUGUCUGUCCUAGUAGGAACAAGUGGGAAUGUCUUUGUGUUCAUCGCGCUGUGCAGGAAUAAAUUGUUCAGAAAGGUACGAUAUGCCUUACUCCUAUUGCUAACCAUUGUCUCAUUGUCAAUGGACCUGAUUUACUGUCCCAUUGAACUAGCCAGGAUAAUCCUUUUUCUAAAUUCUAAUAUUGCAUGGAUGGAGCUGAAGUAUGUUUCUACCAGUGCAUAUUUGAUUUUCUUUACUGCCAUAUCUUGUGUUUUGUUGUUCAUAAGUCUAAAGAACCUCUGCAUUAUCACAGAGAAAUUCACUCGAAUCUACAGAUAUGCACUGUGUGUAUUUUGUGUGAUUUCAACCAUUCUCGUCAUUCUCUGCCCUGCAUUGGGAUACGGCAUUCUCUCAGACAUAGAAGAGACAACAGCAUCACCUAGUGCAUCAUUCCACAUUCUAAAUCCAAAAUCCUUCCUCUUCAGAAUUAUCUACUUCAGCCUAUGGAUUCUAAUCAUUGUAUUUGUUUUGGUUGGAAUGAUAUCUUUCAUUGUGGUCACAUAUCGAGCAAAGCAAUCAGACCUGGACUUAUCUUCCAAUUUCUUGCAAUCUCACACACAAAACAAAACCAUCAUCCCAAAGGUGCUUGUGAAAAACUCCAGAAAUCUUCGACAUUCUGACCCAAAAGAGGAAGAAGAAGAGGAGGAGGAAGGGGAAGAAGAGGAAGAAGAGGAAGAAGCUGAGAACCAGUUUCUAGAUGCCUACCAGGGUAAAGAAGAUAACACUUCUACUCUUGGGGAUUUGCCGUCCCCAUCACGAUCCAAGGGGAGUCACCUAGGAGUCAAUAUGGCUGCCUAUUUGGGGCGACGUCGACACACGAUUGGACAGAUUGGGACUACAGGGAUAGAGCCACUCGAGAGAGCUAAACAAUACAAUUAUGUUAGAAAGUUUUCUGUUGAUAUUCAAGCAUUACAAGCACAGCUUGAGAAUCCAAAGAGACAUGCAUCUGAUUUUCCUUUUUCUUCCGACACAGAAAUUCAGAAAUCUCUGCAGAAAGCAAAUGAUAAAGAUGACAUUAUAAAAAGAAUAAAGAUGGCUCAAAAAUCGCCAUUAGUAAAAAAUAACUGCACUUCAGAGAGUGUUCAGGAUGAAGAAAAAAAAUCUCAAACCAGCUGUAUAAGUGAAAAGAAUUCAAAUGAAAUUACCCCCGAGUUACCUCCCCUCUUAACAAUAUCAGAGACAACAGCCGAUGAGUUUCGUGAGAGAGCGCAUGAGAAAGACCCCUCAUCAUGCUUCAUCAAACUCUCUUGCUCGCUAGUAUUAACCUUCUUGUGUUGUGUGCUGCCCAUGUUUAUAACAGACAUACUUAAAUCAUUUCUCUCAGCUUCAAAAUAUGUCAACUUGAUCACCUUGACAAUAGCUCUUUCUACAGUUCAAACCCUGGUCUUUCCACUAAUCAUCUUGAUUCUUGACCUCAAUGUUAAUAAAUGCUUCCAGAAAAUUACAUUUUCACUCCACAGGAAGUGCUUUGGUUUGUGUUAUCAAAGAGAGGCUGUUCCAACAUCCAAUCAUGAGGAAGAUCACAUUUCCAAUACACAGGUCUGAAUACUGUAGACACAAAUCUAUGGACUUGUUACUGCAUUCAUUGUAAUUAUAUCAUGAAACUAGAAUACAUUCUGUGUAUUAUCACAUUGUUUGUUUUGACAGAGUUUUGAAAAAAAGCUUUCUAAUUGUCAAAAUUUU